AUGCAACAACUUUUCGAUUGUCCAAUAUGUUUAUAAACAUUGUUACAACCAAUUACCUUGACAUGUGGUCAUACGUUUUGUAAACCAUGUGUUCGAAGUAAAUACUUCUAUCAAAAUUACAACUCAUGUCCAGUAUGCAGAGCACCAAUAUAGAUAUACUUGAACUAGUUUAAGGUGAAUAUUUUGUUGGAGAAUCUUAUCAAAUAGGAAUUCAAUAGUGAAUAGAAUUAUUAGUUGAGAGUGUUAAAUUAUCAAAAGAGAAUGAAUUAGAGAAAUAGAAGAAAAUGGUAUCACACAAUGAUGAUAAUUAUAAUUGAAUAUUCUAAAUAGGCAUGGAGAAUAAUCUAAAAGAUGUUACCUCUCUAUCUAAUAGGUAUCGAUGUAAUUGUAUUGAGUAUAGUUCUAGUAAUUCUGAUGUAUAUGAGUGUGAAAUCUAACUUAAGAUUUGAGAAAUUAUAAAAACAGUUUUCUAAGCGUGUUAAGCUUGAGAAGUUAAGUGAGGAGAUAGCUAAAAUGGUAUCAUUACUCAGAGCUGAUAAUCAAGACACCAAAGAUUUGGAUAUUCAAAAUUUAGUUUUUUCCAAAAUAGUCAAGUACUUAUUUACGAAUUGCGUGAGAUUUUGA